CCAAACUUGAGUUACGCAGAGUUGCAGGGCAGACGGCUGGUGCUACAAAUCGAGUGUGCCUUCAAUUUACCGCAAAACUUUGUACUUUUGCGGUUCUUUUGUAAAAAACGCAUUUGCUUCCUGCGGCCUCACUUGGCAGAAAUAUUGUGUAAAAUCAGAGCCCAUCUAGUACGAAUGAGAACCAAGAAACUGAUGAGGAUUUAACUAAUGAAAAUGGAUAUUAAGAAGAAAAAACCGAAAGCACAGAAACAACAGAAAUCUCACUGUGAUACAAGAGUGUCUCAGCAAUUGUCAAGCCCACCACACCGGCAACUGUCAAGCCCACCACACCGCCAACCAUCAAGCCCACCACAGCAACCACUGACAGGCCUUCCACCCAAGCUCCUGCAGCGCCUGAUGCCUUUCCAAAAGGAGGGGGUCCAGUUUGCCUUAUCCAGGAAUGGAAGAUGUAUGAUUGCUGAUGAGAUGGGUCUCGGGAAGACGGUGCAGGCCAUCGCGGUGGCUUACGCCUUCAGGAAGGAGUGGCCUCUUCUGGUGGUGGUGCCCUCGUCCCUGAAGUAUCCCUGGAUUGAAGAGCUGGAGAAGUGGAUCCCCGAGCUGCAGCCUGGAGACAUCAACCUGGUGGAGAGCAAGAGCCACACCUCGGGCAUCAGCAGCAGUAAGGUGACGGUGCUGGGCUACGGCCUGCUCACCACUGACGCGCGCACCCUGGUGGAGGCUCUGAGCAGGCAGCGCUUCCAAAUGGUCGUGGUGGACGAGUCACAUUACCUCAAAUCCAGGAACGCAGCGCGAACCAAGAUCCUGGUUCCCCUCAUCCAGAGCGCCAGACGGGCCAUCCUGCUCACCGGCACUCCUGCACUUGGUCGACCUGAGGAGCUUUUCAUGCAGAUUGACGCCCUCUAUCCCAGGAGGUUUGGCUCCUGGACAGAGUACGCAAAGACAUACUGCAACGCCCAUUUCAGGUACUUUGGGGCUCGGAGGCAGUGGGACUGUCGCGGUGCGUCCAACCUGGAGGAGCUACACCAGCGGCUCAGCCAGAUCAUGAUCCGUCGCCUCAAGGCCGAGGUCCUCACUCAGCUGCCCCCCAAGAUCCGUCAGCGCAUCCCCUUCGACCUGCCCAAGGAGGCUGCCAAGGAGGCCUCAGCCAGCUUCACCGAGUGGGAGAAGCUGAUGAAGGGGUUGGGGUCAGGGGGCAUCGCCAUUGACAACCCCUUCACUGAGGUCAUGAGCCUGAUCACGCGAAUGUACAAGCAAACAGCCAUCGCCAAGGCGGGAGCCGUGAAGGACUACAUUAAGAUGAUGCUGGAGACGGAGCAGCUGAAGUUCCUGGUGUUCGCCCAUCACCUCACCAUGCUGCAGGCCUGCACCGAGGCUGUCAUUGAGGCCAAGGCGGGCUAUAUCCGCAUCGACGGCAGUGUGCCAUCCUCGGAGCGAAUCCAGAUGGUGCACAAGUUCCAGAAUGACCCCGGCACCCGUGUAGCCAUCCUCAGCAUCCAGGCAGCUGGACAGGGUUUGACCUUCACGGCUGCCACCCACGUGGUGUUUGCCGAGCUCUACUGGAACCCGGGCCACGUCAAGCAAGCAGAGGACCGUGCCCACCGCAUCGGACAGACCUCCUCCGUCCACAUCCACUACCUCAUCGCCAAGGGCACCUUCGACACCGUCAUGUGGGCCAUGCUCAACAGAAAGGAAACGGUGACAGGCAGCACUUUGAAUGGGAGGAAGGAAUACCUGGAGGCCAAGGAGGGCGACAAGGACAAGUGGGAGUUUCUCAGUUUCGCCGACGUGUGGACGCCGACCGAGAUGCACCUGCCGCUGGAGGGAAACAUGUGCAAUGACAAAGACGGCGUGUUCUUUUCCCAUUUUGAGAGGGACAAGCAGCACGACAUCCGCUCAUUCUUCUCCCCCAGCGGCAGCAAGGAAAAGAAGAGGAAGAGAUCGGAGGAUGAGGAAAUCUCUCCAUCAGUCCUCCCAGAGGCGUCUCUCACAACGGGUGACGGAGGGAGCAACUCUGAAGACGCAGAGGAUGAGAAGGCAAAGUCCUGCUCACAGACCUCCACAACUCUGGAUGAGGACUUCUCCCCUCAGGCGAAGAGGCUUCGGACGCCCCCAGUCAGACCGAGCCCUAAGUCCCGGCUCUUGGGGAAGCGGAGAUCAGCAGCAGUGGGAGUCAUGUUCUGCGAUUCCAGCCCUGUCGAUUUCUUUCAGACCAAGCGCAAGCUGUCGGAAGACGUCCCUCCCAAGGCAACAUGGAGCUGUGGGGCCUGUACUUACUCCAACAAUGGUCUAUUGCCUUAUUGCGAGAUGUGUGAAUCCCCGCGGCCUUCAUCUGAGCCAUCUGGGCCUCCGUACCCCUCCUCAGCCAAAGGAGACCAGACCUGCAUCGUCAUCUCCAACUCUGACAGCGAGCCAGAGCUCAGCCCAGGAAAAGCCCAGCGACCGAAAGUGCGCAAAGACAAACAGAGCGAGGGGGAGGCGGAGGAGGAUGAGCCUCCGAAAGACAAACAGAAACUAGGAGAAGCGGAGGAGGAGGACAAGCGGUGGCGCAAAGGCAAACAAUCACCAGGAGAGCGAGGCGACAGCGUUGUUGGCGGUAGCGGCUGCCUACUUCCUGAUCACACACAGGGCCAGAGUGCUGCUACCUCUGCUGCUGCUCCUGCUGCUGAAGAUGAUGAUGAUGGUAAUGAUAAAGAUGACACUGGCACCUCCCUUCCUGUCUACCCCGGCCUCCAGUUCUGCCCCAGCCGGAAUACAGACCGAAUAUAUCUUUACUCCAAGGACGGUGCUCAGCUGAACUGUAACUUUAUCCCCCUGGACAUCAGACUGGACAUGUGGGACGACCUGCCUGAGGCUUUCAGCCAGCGACGGGAAAAUCGAAUCCAGGUACUGCGCUUUGUUCAGGAGUGGAGCAGCCUGGCAGCCAUGAAGCAAAAACUGCUUCGACGCAGUGGUCUCCUGUUCCACAGCCCCAUCCUCGCCCUGGAGCAGCUGGCCACCACCCAGCGCUCUCACUCCAGCACCAAGAGGUACCUCGACAGAGACGAGGUGGCUCUGGCCUCCCUCACUAAGGCCCAGAACGAGGGAGGCAGCGUCCGGCUGGUCACCAAGGAGAACUUCUUCAGCAAAAGGAGGUCUGCAUCUUCACUAACACCACCUGCUCCAGAGAGGCAGGACAAGGACUCCCCUAAAGCAGAGGAGGGGCGACCUUCCGAGGUCCCAGAGCAGCCGUCAUCUGAGUUGGGCUACCUGCAGGCUGUGGACAGCCAGGGUGUCCCUCUGUGUCUCUCCUGCCAGAAGGCCUGCUCUACCACCGGUGGGCCCUGGGACACCCGGUUCUGCAGCCACAAGUGCCAGGACGAGUUCCAGCUGCGCUCCAGCCAGGGCUACAUGCGCUCGCGGGUGCUGGAGGUGGAGAAGGGCGUUUGCCAGAACUGCGGCCUGGACGCCCACCGGCUCUUCCUGAGGGUGCGCGACGCCCCGCCCUCCCAGCGCAAGGAGAUACUGGAGAACACGUGGCUCACCCAGCUGCCACUCAAACAGCUGAAUGAGAUGAUCCGGGUCCCAGCAGAAGGGGAUUUUUGGCAGGUCGACCACAUCCGGCCGGUCUACAGCGGAGGAGGACAGUGUUCGCUCGACAACCUGCAGACACUCUGCACCGUCUGCCACAGAGCUAGAACAGCGCAGCAAGCCAAAGAACGGAGCCAGAUGAAGAGAAGUCAGCAAGCCUCCAAGGUUGCAUCAGAUAUCACCAGAUUCUUAAUCAAGAAAUGAAAUGGGUUUCUCACUCAAGAACCACACAAAGGCAUAAAAGAUUUACUAUUGUGGAUGCGCCGCUGUUUUUGAAAGCUGUAUAAAAAAUUUUCCUUAAUAAAGGUGUUGAAUCAUCCC